GGGAGCAGCGCAGGGAGCAGAUCUCUGGCUCAGGACUAUGAGCAGCUACUAGUGCCGCCAGCGCCUCAUUGUGCAGCAGGAGCCCGGCCUGAGGCCUGUGAAACGCGCCACCAUGAGUGGGGUCCUAAAGCGCAAAUACCAGGCGUUGGAAGAGGACACCAAUUACUCGUCAUCCUCCGCCUCGCCGUCCUCCUCCCUGACGUCAUCAGGCAGCGACUUGGAUGAGGACUACAGCUACGACGCCAAGCUCUUCGUCACGGAUUUUACCCCCACAUCCAUAUUGAAGAAAGAGAAGCGCUUUAAAAAGAACAAGGUGGUGUUCGACCAAGUGGGGGUGUUUUACUUCCAGCGAUGUCAGGGGUUCACCAGCGUCCCCAGCCGAGGGGGCUGCACUCUCGGAAUGAAGCGAAGGCAUAGCUACAGCCGGCAGUUCACAUUGGAAGAGUUCUCCAAGGAGCAACUGAGCCGGCGGAGGGAAAAACUGAAAGAGAGGUUAAAAGAGGAGAAGCUGGAGUCGCUGAAGAACAUGCUAACCCUAAAUGGUACCAUUGUAUCUCAAAAAGCCAACAACCUCUCCAUCGACGACAUCUGCGACGAGGACAUUGACAUGAACGGCGCCGAAGUUGAAGACGGUUUCUCUCCGCGCAUGUAUCCGCCCAAGGAACGGCGGGCUUUGCUUAAAAGCGAAGGCAUCAAGAAGAUCGACAAAUCUGAGAAAUACGAGCUCAAUGAAAUCCGACGCUCCAGGGAAGACUGCGGGUGCAACUGUCAGGAUUUUUGUGACCCGGAGACCUGCAGCUGUAACAUUGCCGGGAUCAAGUGUCAGAGGGACCAUUCGAUGUUCCCGUGCGGCUGUACAAAAGAUGGUUGCGGCAACCCAAACGGAAGAGUGGAAUUUAAUUCAUCCCGGGUUCAAACCCACUUCAUCCACACGGUCAUGAGGCUGGAGCUGGAGGAGAAGCAUCAAAACAACAACCGCAAAUUAGAAACCGAUGAAACUGUCAACGAGCGGCUAAAUCCAUUUGUGGGCGUGCCCGUGGGAAGCUCGAGCGAGGAGAGGGCUGCCCCAUUAACGCCGGCGUUCCAGUUCAGCAUGGAUAUGGAAGUGGCCGGGGAGGACAGCUGUAGCAGUGACAUGACGGAUACCUCUUCUUCGUCCAAUCAGAGUGAAGACUCCGAAGAGCCAUACGAAGCCGUUCCCUCUGAUAAAUCCCAGUCGGAUGUCGACGACGACUACUUGGCAAGGAUUCUUCAUUUCAACGACUCCGAAUACGAGGAGAACAGCAGCGACUGUCAGGAUAAUCUGAGCUUUUUCCACCCGGCCGACUUUUUUGGUGACAACAUUUACCAACCAAUGUCCACCUCGGAAAAAACUGCUUCCGCCCCCUAUUCCAGCUCUUUUACGAAAUGCAUUGAUGAUAACGCCAACCAGGACGCCAACUGUUUCUCGGACGAUGUGGCGUCUUUAACGACUUCUGACGAACCUUCCGAUUAUAGUUCCUCGCAGGCGGAGUCGCACUCCAAAAGCUAUACGGAUAUCAGCCUCUCCUCGGAUUCUUUGGAUUUAUUUCAGUCUUAUCCAGAUUACAAUCUAGGACCUCUCUACAACUCCUUGAAGGAAUAUGAGAAUUUGGACAAUUUAUCCUUUCAGCUACCUACCUUCCCUGGAAUUACUCCAUCGGGAGACCAGACUACUUGCUUUCUGGAAUCCUUAAUCGGUCUCUCGGAAUCCAUUCCGGAUACCCCUGUUCCUUUUACGGACAAUCAACUUUUGGAAGAUGCCUUUAAGUCGUCCUUAAUGGAAACUAUGACCGUCUAAAAAGGGGGGAAGAAGUGGGGAAAUUUCAAAUACAAAUUCUGGUUUUAAAAAAAAAUAUAUAUAUAGAUAUGGGGACGUGCAAGGAACAAUUCUCAAUUGCUUUAUUCCAGUGGAGACUUUUUUUUUUUUCCCUAUAAAAACAAUGCUUUUUUGGAAUACUGCCACUGAGACCCGUUUAACCAACGUCCAAUUGAACAAAAUAUCCAAAUUUUUUUUUUUUUCUAUACAAGUGACUUUGUACAUAAGACGUUAAAAGAUAAAAUUCUUAUUUAUUUGUAGACCUUUGAAAAUCUGUUCUUGUGGUCGUACAAAUAUGCCAUUGGAAUACGAUGCUUUUAAAACAAACUUUAUAUGUAUUUAUUGUUAAAAAAAAUACGAAAAAAGUGGUAGUGUGCACUACUCCCGUUUACAAAAAAA